CCUACCUGGUAUCCGUAAAGUAUAGUUUAUCUGUUCUGUUUGCUAUUUUAAAAAUGCGUCACUUCCCGUUGUGAAGUUUAAAUAUUUUUUCGUUAAAAUGAAGACUAUGAUGAUUAGAAGAACGCUGUGGAAAACAUUUGGACUCCGCAAGCCAAGUCUACUCCUACCUCUGCUAAUAUGGACAGUGCUGGUGACAGUGUGCUGGCGACUAUCCAGGGUGAGCAGCGGGUUACUGCUGCCCCCAGCUCCGCACCAGGACCUCAGCCACUUCAGGAGGAGUCGAAGUCUACAGCACUACCUUGACGAGAUCCAACUCCUGAUCGAGCCGUCAUCAGUGCUGUGCAGCCUACAGGAGGAGCCAGUAGUAGUUCUGGUGGCUAGCGCGCCAAGUAGACUGGACCAUCGGGAAGCCAUCAGGCGUACCUGGGGCAGCCGGCUGCCCACCUACUUCAUCAUGGGGCUGGAUGGCGAUAUAAAUGAUGAGCAGUUGGUAGACAAUUACGUAGAAGCCAAGCAGUACAGCGACCUGGUGGUGUUUGACUUCAGGGAGCACUACCAGAACCUGACCUUGAAGACUGGUCUCAUGCUGCAAUGGACCUUGAACCGAUGUCCACAAGCUCGCUUCUUGUAUAAGACUGAUGACGACAUGCUUGUUAACCCCUGGGUGUUGAAAGACGUUCUGAGGGAUAGGGGAGAUGCCAAAAUGCUUGGCUACGUGUACAACAACUCUCUCCUACAUCGGGAUGAACACAACAAGUGGUACCUCCCGCGGUGGCUGUGUUCCGAGGACGUCAUACCACAAUACAUGACUGGUCCUGGCUAUCUUAUUAGUGGAGAGUACCUACGCGCGAUCCUGCAGGCAGCUAACAAAGUACCACUUCACAAUCUGGAGGAUGUCUACUUUACAUACAAUGUGGCUAAAAAGACUCUGCAUCUGACACUCUCCCAUGACUCGCGGUUGAGUCCCUUCAGGCCAUGGUCGUCCUGGCUGCCAUUCGGCUGUCACAAUUGGAGAUACGCGUCAAUACACAGUGUGACUCCUCAAGAAAUACUCCGAAUAUGGACCUCUAUACAGCCGAUAGGGGACCAGUACUCGAAAGGCCAUCCUGUCUGCCAGAAUUACGAUGACUUUCUAAGGUUCUUUGGAAUUAGCUAGCAGUAAUAUUAAAGCCAUAGAAUAAAGAACUACGUACGGUCACGAGCAAUAUAUGUAUACACUUUGGUACCAUAUCACAUUAACUUUUUUGACAAAUUGAACUGUAAGUCUCACUAUACGUCAAAUAUGUUAGUGCGACAGAGUCCUAAAGUGGGUACAUUAUAUUGCUCAUGACUGUACAACUAUGCAUAGAACGGGUUCUCCGCCCCGCACCAAUUCGUAUAGGGCGCCGACCUCAUCCCCUCUGUGUCUUUUAUCACCCACGCUUCUCCACUACUGAUUGGUGGAGGUGUUUUUUUAGGCUAAUAGCCGGGACCAACGGUAUUACACGCCCUCCGAAGCAAGGAAACAUCGUACUAUUUCGGACAAUCAGGUGAUUCAAGCGUGCGAUUGUCGCACAAAGUGAUUUCGACAAUGUCCCCUUUGGGAGUCGAACUCGGACUUCCAGAUCGUGAGCCCAAUGCUCUAACCACUAGACCACGGAGGCUUUUGAAGACUGAAUAAUAAAGAAUUUUGAUUAAGUAUAUAA